AGCACUGACAGAGAUAAGGAGACAAAGGGAAGACACCGGGCACACACCAGCUGCGAGGGAAUGGCACAGGGCGCUGCUGACAGCUCCGGGCACACAGGUGAGAAGAAGAUGGCGCGGGGCUCGCUGUGGCUGGCCGCCUGCGGGAUACUGCUGCUUCUCGGCUGCUCUUCCUCCUCGGAGGAGGAGGCUCAGGGCCGGCGGCGGAGACUGAGCAGAGAACCGGGCGACAUCUCGUUCGAGUAUCACCGGUACCCGGAGCUGCGGGAGGCGCUGGUGGCGGUGUGGCUGCAGUGCCCGUCCAUCAGCAGGAUCUACACGGUGGGACGGAGCUACGAGGGCCGGGAGCUGCUGGUCAUCGAGAUGUCGGACAAGCCCGGAGAGCACGAGCCCGGUGAACCUGAAUUUAAGUAUGUUGGCAACAUGCACGGGAACGAAGCUGUGGGUAGAGAGCUUCUCAUUUAUUUGGCGCAGUACCUCUGUAAUGAAUAUCAGAAAGGCAACGAAACAAUCAUCAAUUUGAUCCACAAUACCCGCAUACACAUCAUGCCUUCCAUGAACCCCGACGGCUUUGAAAAGGCUGCCCAGCAGCCUGGGGAUAUAAAGGACUGGUUUGUUGGACGUAGCAACGCACAGGGUAUAGACCUGAACCGAAAUUUCCCUGAUCUGGACCGUAUUGUCUACAUUAAUGAACGAGAAGGUGGAAACAACAAUCACUUGCUGCAGAACCUGAAGAAGUCAGUUGACCAAAACACCAAGCUUGCCCCUGAAACCAAAGCAGUAAUUCACUGGAUAAUGGAUAUUCCAUUUGUACUCUCUGCCAAUCUGCAUGGAGGUGAUCUUGUUGCCAAUUAUCCAUAUGACAAGACCCGAACUGGCAAUGACCAUGAAUACAGUGCUUGCCCCGAUGACAGCAUUUUCCAGAGCUUGGCCCGUUCAUAUUCUUCAACCAACCCAGCCAUGUCUGAUUCAAACAGGACACCAUGUCGCAAGAAUGAUGAGGAAGGCAGCUUUGUGGAUGGGACCACUAAUGGUGCAGCUUGGUACAGUGUACCUGGGGGUAUGCAGGACUUCAAUUACCUGAGCAGUAAUUGCUUUGAGAUAACUGUGGAGCUGAGCUGUGACAAGUUUCCACCCGAGGAAUUGCUGAAGAAUUACUGGGAAGAAAACAAGGAAUCCAUGGUGAAUUAUAUUAAGGAGGUGCAUCGUGGGGUGAAAGGAUUUGUCAGAGAUCAUCAGGGAAAUCCAAUCGCUAACGCAACAAUAUCUGUAGAUGGAAUCAACCAUGACAUAACUUCAGCUAAGGAUGGUGAUUACUGGAGGCUCCUUUCUCCUGGGAACUACAAAGUCACAGCCUCAGCUUCAGGGUACCUUGCCGUCACUAAGAAAGUAGCUGUUGCUUAUACUCCUGCUACUAAGAUUGAUUUUGAUCUGGAAUCAUUAUCAGAGAGGAAGGAGGAAGAAAAAGAAGAGCUAAUGGAAUGGUGGAAGAUGAUGUCCCAAACUUUGAAUUUUUGAAGACAAAGACUUACCACUCAUAUUAAAUUAAAUUAUAUGUUGACUUGGUAUGCAGUAAUGUGGACUAUAUAUUCAUAGGAACGGGUGUGUACAACAAUGCAUACCUAUCCCUGCAUGCAUGUGCUAUACACACGUUUCUAUAGAUAUUGGAUAGUGUGUCAUUUUGAACUUUCAGCCUCUUUACUUUGUUUCUGUGAUAAUCUGGAUAGGGAUCUGCACUCUUUGUAAUUGCUAGGCUUUCAGCUAGGGUAACCGUAGAACGCGGCACAAAAAGUGCAACAGUUUUUAGUUUUUUACAUAAUGUUAAGAGUCAAGAGCGAAGCAGUGGAAGUUGAAAUGCAAUAUUCUAUGUUCAAGCCAUGUGUUGUAGAGUACUUAUUAGUUUACACAACAGUAUAUAGCACAGCUCUUGCCAAAAAUAUCUUGGCAGUAUGUAUCUUAGUGUGUUUCAUGGAAGAGGAUAUACAAUAUUGGCAUUAUUUCAUUUUCUUAAGCUUAUAAGGUAAUUUCUUCAGUAGACAACUGUGUUUUGCAUAUUGACGCUGCCUCCACAAAUGAACAUAAUCAUUUCAGACUACAUUGAUGAUUAGCUUCCCAACGGUAACACACGAGUUAAAAAAACAAGCACAUCUUAAUAUCAUUAAUUGCUUCUCUUAGGCUACUUUCACAAUCACGUUUGGUGCGGAUCCAUCAUGGAUGUGCACAGACGGAUCUGUUCAGAUAAUACAACCGCAUGCAUCCGUUCAGAACGGAUCCGU